AUGGGGAAGAAAACCAACAGCGCAGCGGAGAAUAUAAAAGUGUUGGUCCGUUGCCGUCCACUCAAUGACAAGGAAAAGAGUCAGGGGUACAAAACAUCAGUAGACUUGGACCUCACAGAAAAUACCGUCACCGUGCAGAGCGUUGUUGGGGAGCCCGACCGUUGGACGUUUGACGCCGUCAUCAACAACACCUUUACCCAAAAGGAUGUCUUUCAGCAGUUUAUCAUGCCCCUUGUGGACUCCGUUCUGGAUGGCUUCAACGCCACCGUCUUCGCUUACGGGCAGUCAGGGUCCGGUAAGACGCACACGAUGACUGGGAAACUGGGAGAUGAAGAUCUGAAGGGUCUAACACCGCGCAGCUUCGAGCACGUGUUCGACCGCAUAAGCUCGAUGAAGGCAACGGAGCCGAAUAAACAGUUUUCCCUCUACGUUUCAUUCAUUGAGUUAUACAACGGCAAGGUCCACGACUUACUUGCGCGCCAGCAAGUGCCAUUGGCCCUGAAAGAGAAUAAAGACAAGUCAUUCUUCGUGCAGGGGGCACAUAUCCCCCAGGUAAAGUGUAUUGACGAUAUUUUCCACCAAAUGGAGGAGGGAACGGAGCGCCGCCGUGUCGCCGCAACGGAACUUAAUGCUGACAGCUCUCGUUCACACUCCGUUUUCACUCUCAUUAUUGAGUGCACGGAAGUGUCUGAAGACGGUGAUUCCCGUUCGGUAACAAGCAAGCUUAACCUUGUCGACCUUGCUGGUUCCGAGCGUCAGAGCAAAACGGGUGCACUAGGCGAUACGCUGAAGGAAGGAUGUAAUAUCAACCUCUCACUUAGUGCACUCGGCACCGUAAUCGACACAAUUGUUAAGGGUAAAGGGCACGUGCCGUUCCGUAGCAGUCCUCUCACGAUGAUAUUGAAGGAUUCCCUCGGUGGUUCCAGCAAGACGGUGAUGUUUGCGAACAUUAACCCCAGCGAACACAACGUGUCUGAGACAAUAAGCACCCUGCGUUUCGCGGAUCGUGCAAAGCAAAUCAAAAACAAGCCUGUUGUGAACUUGGAUACCAAAGAUCAGAAGAUUGUUGAGUUGACGGAAUUAGUGCACGAACUGCGGGAGAAGUUGAAGAAGUACGACGCAGGAGGGACUGGGGCGCUGGAGCAAGAUGUAGAUGAUCUGACGGAAAAGAUGGGGGAGAUGCAGGUGAGUCUCGACAAUGCUGUAAAGGCACGCGAGGCUGAUCGCGCGGACUUUGAGAACAUCAAAGCGAUGAUGGAACAGGAGCGACAAAACCUCACUGCAACGAUUGCAGAACUGGAGGAGCGGAUUGCCACGCUGCAGAGUGAUCAGCAACUCGCGGAAUCGAAUAUCAACGCGGAGCGGCUGCAGAGGGAAGAGAUACUCCGUCUCUGCUCCCACUACCUGCGCACGGAGGGUGGGGAGGAAAAGAUUAACAAUGCCACAGAGCUCGAGGCUGUAUUGCGUGGGAGGGCGCAUGAAAGACACAGCUCGGAGAUGGUAGGGGUGCAGAAUGAGCUUCAAAAGGUCCAGAUGGAGCUGAAGCAGUCUCUACAGGAACGUGAAGCAAUGAAAAAGGAAAUGAGUGAGAAGAUGCAGGAGAGUAAAGCUGCUCUGAAGUCAGCAGAGAGCAAGCUUAAGAAGUACGAGAAGAAGUUAAGCGAGGCAAAGGAAGCACUAAAGAAUGCAGCAAGUUCCGCGGCGGUUUCAUCAAACUCAGAGGACGGGGGAUCGGCGGCCAGCGAGAAGGAGGUGGCGAAGCUGCGGAUUGCUCUGGAGAGCGCCCAGAAAGAAUUGGAAGGUAGAGGUGCUAUGGCGAAUGUGGAGGCCAAGCUGCAAGAGAUUCAGAAAACUCAGGAUGAGACAACUCGCGCAUACUUGGAGCAGAUGAAGCAGGCGCGAGAGAUACUAAGCACUCCUGGCGAGAGUGACUCAGCUGUUGUGAAACAACUCAGAAACAUUCUUAAGGAGGAUGACAAAACGUAUAAUAUUGCAGUGGAACACAUGAAGACCAUGCAGAAUAUCACAACGGAUUUGGUUGCUGUCGUGCGUGAAGCCCAAAUUGUGCCAAUGGUAGCCCUGAACGGAGACGCAGCUGCCUCACAAAAGGCAUUGAAGAAGCUGAAGGCUGUGGAUGCAUCAGAGGCUCAGGUGUACGCUAAUGCUCUAUCAAGUUUACACGAUAACGUAAACAAGGCCCACGGUCAACGUAAUCGUAUUCUCGAAGCGCUUACUGAAUCCUCCGAAGCCCCAGUAGAUCUAAGAGAGGAGCUUCGCAGGGUAGUGCAAGAGAAUAACGAGUUACGCCAGAGGUCCUCACAACUCACCGCUGAGGUAGAAAACCUUCGUCUACAGGCGACGGCAGAGCUGCGUAACGAGGUCGCCAAGACCGCGAAUUCACCAACAAGGCGGGACAAACACUCGAAGAACGCCGGUGAUACCGCAGCCACUGGUCUGAAGCGUGGCUCCUCAUUGCUUGCAGACGCUGACGACAUUCGCGUUGAGUUAGAGGAAGAGCGGGAGCGAAAUGCGGCACUCGCGCAGGCAAGAGUAUCCCUGCAAGAGGAAGUCAAGGCGCUGCGUGCAGAGGCGGCUGAGGCGGAGAAGCGGUAUGUUGAACUUCAAGGUAAGAUGCGCGAAACAAUGAGUGAGUACGAGCGACGGUUGGAGAAUUCGCAAGGGGGCGCAGACGAAAUUGCUAAUCUCACCUCUCGGUUAAAGGAGCGAGGGGAGCAAGUUGAGCAAAUGCGAGGGCUUCUUGAGAAGCAGAAAGCACUAAUUGUGCGAAGCAAUCAAAAAUCAGAGGCGUUGCAGCAGAAACUACGCGACGGAAUGGCAGAAUGGCAGGAGAAAGAGAUGCAGUACCGCCAAAAGAUCCAGGAACGGGAUGAGAACUUCCAACGCGUGCUUAACCAACGCCUACAGGAAUCCACACAAAAUCACCGCGAUGAGACCGAGCAGAUCGAGGCGAAAAUGAAGAAGCUAAAGAAGAAGAUCAAGAAAAUGGAAAUGGAGGUGGACAAAUGCAAAGAAGACUACGACCGAAAAGUUUGUGAAUGUGAAGAACUGCGCAAUGCCGUUGAAGAGCACAAGGUGGACCACAUGCGGUUGCUGCGGCGAAUGGGACAGACGGCGGAAGAGGCGCAAGUGUAUGAGAAGAAGGAACAAAUACAAAAUGCGCUCGAACGCGCAAAGGAGGAGCGGCGGCGCAAGAAGGAUCUAUUUGCUCUUGGUGAAGUGGAGAACGUCCGAAGAGCUGAUUUCUAA